ACAUUAAACAAGAUAUAAAACGUGCAUUUGUUUAGAGGAUUCUUAGAAAGCAUUUGAUAGGAACGUCUCCUCAGAACGAGAAGUGAUAAUAAUUAUGAAGGAGCUGUUUAUUUCAAUCAUUGCUUUAGUUUUCUUUAUUGCAGCAGCCAAUGGCCAGAAGUUAAACAAUUUACCGAAGUAUUAUAAAGAAAAACUACUAAGGAAAAUUAAGCAUAGUCUCAGCCCAGAGGAAAUAACUAUUAUUGAAAAAUUCAACAACUUGAAGGACUUUUAUCCGGAUGGCGAAAGACAUCACGUCCUGCGGAAACGUAACGCUGUCCAAUCCAUGGGAGAAGCACAAGGUACUAGUCUUCGUAAAAAGAGGAAACGACGACGACGAAAACAAAAGCCAUCUAUUAAAUCUUCCAUUGAUAGGUCCAUAAGCCCAUCACCUAACGAACCACGAAACGGAAAGUUUGAACAUCCCAGGGGCAGACAGGGACGACGACCAAGACCAAGUGAUCAACCCUCUAUUAAAUCUUCCAUUGAUGGGCCAAUAAACCCAUCGCCUUACGAACCACGUAACGACAUUCUUGACAAGCACAGGGGGCGACAAGGACGACAAGGACAACAAAAAAGAAUUAUACCUUCGGCUGUGAUACAAGAAGCUCCAGUGCUGAGUGAAGCAAAUGAAGAAGACAACGAUGGACUGUUGAAGGUAAAAGAACUCAAUGCAAACUACAUAAGCACAGACAAUAUGAGAACAAACACAUUAAAAGCUGAUGAAAUAAAGGCUGAUAGAGUGAAAGCUCAAAAAGUUGUGGUGACUUCAAAGAAGCCUAAACGAAAACAAAGAAGACUAAGAAGACCAAGAUUGAAAGAAUUCAUCGAUCCAAGUAUUGGAAUGCAGCGAAUCAACUCUCGAACAGAUAUUCCUUAUUUUGAUAAAAACUUCGCAAACAAACAUGAUUUUCGUCAGUUCGAGCUUUUAACGACUGAACCAAGAUCAAUGUACCGGAAACCUUCGCUACUCGAUUCACAAUUUUUUCAACAACAAAGUGUAGGGGAUAACUCACAAAUGUUUCAACAACCGAAAAUCGCCGAUAAAACACAAUUAUUUCAACAACAGCAUAUCAGUGAUGGACGAUACUUGAGGCCUGCAAUUGAAACUAAACGCAGACUUAGUCAAUUUAAUCAGCCGCCGCCUCUUCCGCCGACAGACAUAUUACCCGAAUUUAGCUCUUCAAAUAUUUUGAAGAAAAUUCCUGCAUUAAGUGAAUUCAUAGCUGACGAUUCACAGAAAGGAAAUAAUCAAAAUGUUAUACAACAGGACACGUUGUUAAGAGGAGCGCCGCCGCCGGUAAUUCCUUCGGCCUUCGACGAAUUUACCAACAUGGACGCUCAAAAUUACGGAAAAGGAGGAAAUACUGACCAGACACCCGACAAAACAGCCAAAACAUACAUGAAAAAUUCUAAGAGUACUGAUCCAUGGUAUUUUUAAUAUGACUGGUGAGCUUUAUACCUACUGACUGAACGCUCUUGCAUUAUAUUUGGUUUCUUUCCGACAUCCAACAAUUGUUAUGUGUAGCAAACUAUAGUUCUGUAAGACAUAAAUAUGUUUUUUAGAAAGUAAUCUAACUUUUGCAAAUAUUUCAAAUACACUUGUAGCUUUUUCUGACCCAUUGCAAAAACUAUGUUUACUUAAAUGUUAUCUAAUUAAUAAUAUUAGCUGCUAAAAGUCAAAUUAACAACAUAAAAGACGUACGUCUUUUUCAAUAGACAAUGUUAGAUAUAUCAAAAUUAUUGAAUUAUUACUGAUAUGUCUUUUGACUUUUUGUUGAAAAAUAAAAUUACCAUUUGAAAAAAUAGAAAAUUGAACGGGAAUAAUGUCUCUUGAUUUUUCACAUGAAAUGCAUCAGGAGAAAUGGAUUUUAAGCUGUAUAAAAAUAUACUAGCAAUUAUAUGAAGAUUUUCAGAAUAAUUUAUGAUUUAAAGUAUUCUUUUAAUUCUUUAAUACGGUAUAAUUGGCCAUUA